AUGAGCGGUAAUACUAAUUCUUCGCAAAAAACCUACGUCUGGUUUAAUGGAAAUCAGAGCGAACCUCUUGAAAGUACGAUCAUUCGAGGGGAAGUGGAAAAGAUUAAUGGAAAGUAUCGGUUCUGUACUAGUGCAACUGAUUGUGAAGCGUAUUUAAAAGCUCAAUCGUCGCAUGAUCCUAUCGAAUUAAUUAUUAGCGGUACUCAUGGUAGUGAAAUGGUACCUAAAAUCCACACUUUGCCUCAAAUCAUAAGUAUACAUGUAUAUUGCUACAACAAACACGCUCAUGAGCAAUGGGCGAGAACGUUUACUAAGGUAAAAGGUGUUUUCACAGAGUACAAUGAGCUUCUUAGAAGUCUAUCAUUAAGUUCAAGUUCGGGCAAUAAUGAUUAUCCAUCAAAUGACAGAGCAAUAGCAGCACAACCUUCAGUAGGAACAGAUUCAGCAACAGGCAUACCUCCAGAGACGGCACAGCCUACAACUGCUACAUCGUUGAUAAAUCCACAAGAAUCUGUUCUAUCAAAAGAUGAAACAGCUCUAGUUCCAGUAGCACAAACUGAGGAGCCUAUAAGUACAGUAAGUGAAACAGAGACAACUGCGUCACCAGCUCCAGAACAAAAUUCAAGUUCGUUUUUAUAUGAAGCGGAUACUACAUACUACAUUAUCGUAGCUCAUAUCGAUUUGAUCAUUCGAAUGACAUUUCAGCCAGAAGAAAUCGGCGACUACCUUUCAUGCUGGCAAGGCGUAUCGUCAGGAAAUGAACAGUUAUCUGCUGUAAUUGAAGAAUUCCGCACAAAUUAUUCACCUGACAAGGCCAUAAUGUAUUUGUAUUCAGAUUUGUCCACUUGCCCAUACCUGGAUAAUAUAUGCAAAGGAGGAUAUGUUGACGCUAUUUAUUCAAGUCGAGUACUCAUUGGCGAUAUUGGAAAACAACUCGAACAACACAAAUGUACAACAGUGACUCAAUUAUACCUGUGUGAACUGGUGUUCAAUGAAGAUUUUCAACGAUUGCAAGCUUUAAAUGGUCGAGUUAUCGCCAUGAAAUAUUUUCUAUGGACGAAUACUGAUCGGGAAAAAGCGAUUUCAUAUGUAUCUUAUGACGCUUCAAAUAAUGAAUACAAACGAUUACUAUUCGAGAUCGAAGCUGAUCCACAAACGGCAAACGUUAAACCAUUUGCAAAGCUGGAUUUUGUUAGCACAAUUAACGAUCCAGAUCAAGUCUUGGUCAUGCUGGGAUCACUUCUUCGAAUCAUCAAUAUUGACGAUGAAAAAGAUGGUAUUAUCAAUAUCAAGGCGCAACUAUGUGGCACUGAUGAUGACAAUCAAAUAGCAAAGCAGAUCAAUCAAAUAAAACAAGAACAUAUCGAUAGUAAUGGUGGAACAGAUGCUGUUAGAUUUGGUCAAUUUCAGAUUGCUCUCGGCUACGCUUUAGGUGACACAAAUCUAUCUAACAGUGGCGAAAAGCUCAUUCGAGAUUAUCAUGACAAAUUACAAAUAGACAGUAUGGAUCAUAUGAAGUGUUGUCGUGUGUUGGGUCGUCUCGAAUUUAUGAGAGGCGAAUACGAUUCAAGUCUUGCUAAUUAUAAAAAAGUAUUCGAUUUGAAGACAAGGUCGUCGACAGUCGAUGAUCUCGAUUUGGCCGCACUUCACAACGAUUUGGGCUCGGUUUAUUGUGAAAUGAAUGAUUGUGAUCAAGCAUUAGAUCACUACCAAAAAGCUGCACAAAUCUGGAAGACAUUAAAGGGUGAUUUGGACAGAGCUCUAAUUGAUUGCUAUACGAAUAUGGCCAAUAUUCAUCUACAAUCAGAACGAUCUACCGACGCAUUCUACUAUUAUUCUCAAGUAGAGAUGAUCCUCAUCAAAAGCAAUGAUACGAAUAGUCACCAUUAUGCGUUGUGUUGUCACAAUCUUGGCGUUGUCCGUACCAGUUUACAGCAGUAUCAUUUGGCAUUAGGACACUUUAAAACGUCACUCGAGAUUAAAUCGACAAUUUUUCAGCCAGUUCAUUCAUCGAUUGCAUCAGCGUACAAAUGCAUUGGCACGGUUUAUCAGUACAUGGAUUGUAUAAGCCAAGCUCGCGAUAUGUUUGAACAGGCACUGCAAAUCUAUCGUCAAGUAUUGCCACAAGACGAUGCUACUAUUCAAGAACUCGAACAAAUAAUUCAGGAUUUACCCAAUGAAUCGACAUGA